AGCAGUAACAACAGCAGGGGACUUCCUCUGUCUCCCGUCUCUUUCCCUGGACAGACCUCUGUGCACCUAACAUCUCUCUGGUCCUGCAUAGCAAUGGCUGCGUCUUUCAUUUAGCUACUUAGGAGAGGGCUAGUCUGUGCCAGCUUCCUCCCUGCACCCUGAGCCCUCUGGCUUCGGGAUCCCAGAGGAAUAUGUCGUAUUUACAUGCCCUCCUCUUCCUCCUCUGCUAUAUUACACAGGGAUGGUCAGGAGUGCCACUCUUCCAACCAGAAACCACUUACCAGUAUGCCUACACAGUAAAUUUAAUGGUUGCACAUGUUUCUCAACCAUCAAUGCCAAGAACCAGGCUAGAUGUUGAAGCUACUGUAGACGCCUACCUUCUGUGGAGGAACAAGAAGCAGCCAGAUGAGCAGCUAAUAUAUUUACAGAUGAAAGAUAUUAAUGUUUACAAUAAAGCAACACGUCAAAUUCCUGGCAAAAAAGAGGAUUUAACCACCAAACAUCUGAAAGACGCUAAGAAUAAGAGCAGCUUGGAAUUCCCUGUUCUCUUUCACUGGAAUGCUGGCAAGGUGUUGAGCUUGUACAGCACAGGCGAGAAGGAUAGCCAAGUUCUGGAUUUAAAGAGGGGACUUGUCAGUCUGUUUCAGUUUCAGCCUCUUAAUGGGACUCGUAUAGAGGACGAUGUUUCAGGGAGGUGUCAAGUAACUUACAAUGUAUCCAAUGAUUUCAUCAAUAAGACAAAAGACUUGAACAGCUGCAUGAACUCUCCAUUUGGCUAUGAAGCGGAUCACAAGGUGUUGGGUGUUUCCUGGAAUUCCAGCAGCAGAGGAUAUAUGUCUCUUAAUGGAACCACAUUCAAAAAAGCUCUCUUAGAAGAAAACCAUAACUUGUCGGCAAGACUGAGAUCUGUCCUUGGGGUUCACAUCACUUCUAGACAACAAUUAGAAUAUAUAUCUUCCACACCUGGCCCUCCAGAGAUUGAUGGAGAGAGUAUUGAGAAGAUACUAGGAGACCUGCCUGAGAAAUACCAGAAGGAGGAACUUCUGAGCCAUCCUAAUAAACCUUCUGCGGAUAAGCCUCAUCCUCUGCUUAAAAAAUAUUUAGAGAUUUCCAGAAGAAAAGCGAGUAAACUGACCACGUCCAAGACGUCAACAGUCAGACACUUCCAGACCGCUGUGAGUAUAAUACGGCACGCCAAGAAGAGAGAUGUUCUACAGCUCUUACAAACGGCUUCUUCUGAUCUAGCGCCAUUCUUCAUCGAUGCAGCUGUAGCAGCGCAGUCUCCAGCUUCCAUAGCAGCCCUGUCUGAUUUCCUCGAUUUUGCCAAAAAGAAACAGGUUCAGUUGCAAGAAAAAUUUCUGCACUCUGCAGCGUUCGCACCGCACCCUUCAGUGGAACUUUUGAACCUUGUACUGAGGAAACUCAUGGGGAAAGUUGCAGAUGCUGCUAUUAUGGAGACAGGAAUUGUGAUCACUGGAGCAAUUGUUGGCAAGUUGUGUAGGAUGGAGUUUUGUGAAGAAAAGGAUGUUGAACUUGCAAAGGCCACAAUUCUGGAAGGCCUGAAUAAUGCAGAAGAUGAGACGGAGAUGAAAAUAUACCUGCUCUCUUUGAAGAAUGCUCAGCUGCCUGAAACUAUCCCCAUUCUUGUUCAGUAUGCAGAGGAGCACACAGGAGUAGUGUGCAGCACAGCACUAUCUGCUCUGCAAAGCUUCCCAGCAGAGAUUUUUUCUACUGAGGAAGUAAAGGACACCUUGAGAUGUAUUUUUCAUCAAACGCACCAACAGUAUGAUAACAAGUGUCGGCUUAUGGCAGCAGAGACUCUCUUGUCUGCUAAUUGUUCUCUGGUGGACCUCAACAGCAUAUCAGCAGGCCUGAAGUUUAUGGACACUGAACAUUCUAAGUUGCUGCUUUCCAAAGUGUGCAACAAACUGAGACUCCAGCACAUAAUGAGACUUGAAGGGAGCCUACUGAAAGAUAAAUUCCUAAAUAAUUAUUGGACAAUGUCACAAGCUGGCAGAUCCACUGUGUUUUCUGGACUUUUAACUGACACGAAUGAGAUGCUCUCCACCUAUGGUCUGGACCUUUUGUUCUCAGAAUCUGGGCUUCUGAAGCGAAGUAUAUCUGAUAUCACACUUUAUGAUCACAGCAAUCAUCUUAAAGCAAUGCAGGUAUCUAUUGACGCUCAAGGCCUGGAAUCUCUUAUGGGAGAUGAUGAAGCGGAAGAUGGAGAAGAUGAAGCAAUGGUUGGGAUGUCCGCUAUAUUGUUUGAUGUCCAGCUGCGUCCAGUGGUGUUUUUCCAAGGCUACAUGGAUCUAAUGACUAAAGUAUUUUCAAGCACUGGAGAACCCAAGCAUGUGGUGAAAGGAAACAUACUGUUUGUUGAGUAUCUGCAGUGGUUACCAUUGCAAUCUGGGCUGCAUGCCACUUCCCAGUAUCAGGGUGCUCUUGGACUAGAUAUUACCGCCAACAUUGAUGUCAGCAUUUGGGACCAGCAAUCAAAAACUAACAUCAAUACCAAAGCCGGCAUUGUUUUAGAAUUUAAGACAGAAAUCGAUACCUCUUUCUUCCACGCAGACAUGAAGGCACAGAUUGAUGCACAGACCUCUGUAAAUUUGGACUCGGUUAUGAAAUUUACAGGCUCUCCAAUGUUGAUGUGCCUUGAGCUGCGGCAUGAUGAUCUACCUUACAGAGAAACCUAUAUAAUAACAGAGUCAUUUCCAGAGAUGAACGCAACACAUACAGUUCAGAAAGGAAGAAAAGCUACACUGUGGGGCCGAGAUUUUCCUUUUCACAACUCAAACUCUGAAAUGUGUAGGACAUUGAAGGUUGAGGAGGAUACAAGCACCAUUCUCUAGCAGCAGCAGGGUGACUGAUCAAUGCAUCUAUUACAGCUCUUUGCUGUGCUAUACUAAUUACCAGAGCUGUGGACAGGACUGGUAACACAACAGCAGGAUGAUUUUGUAAUUUGAGCAGGUCAAUAAAAUCAAUUUUGAAGGGAAA